AUGUCAUCGGGAGAUCCACCUCGACCACCCCUAGUUGACAAGGGGAAAGGUAUUGCAAAAACAAGGAAGAGACGUAAUAAUUAUGUGCUUCGGAUUCCAGUCAAACCCAUCACCCCUACCCCGGGCUUACAUAUUCCAUCCUUAUCUUCCCCACCUCCACCCACAGGGUUACAUAACCCAACAUCUAUCCCGACGAUUCAUAUGUCGUCCUCCUCUUCUCAACCUCCACCCACAGGUUUGCAUACCCUUGUUGUUGCUCCCAAGCCCCCUUCUGUACCACCCUCCCAUAUACCAUCCUCAUCUUCCUCAGCUCCACACACUGGGUUACAUACCUCUUCUACAAACAUUGGAGCAUCCCCAUCACCUCAUACUGUACCAUCCCCAGCCUCGAUGGGUGGCCCAUCUUCUGUCGUUGGUCAUCAUUUUGCACCAUCCCCAGUUGCAGGUGAUAUAGUUGCCCCACAACCUAUGGUUGAUUCUAAUUUAGAUGCAGAACCUGACCCUCCUCUGCAGGACCGCCCGAUGAUUGAACCUGUCGGUCGAGGGUUUGUUCCAUCUAGAGUUGUUUCACAGGCUAUCACAAAGACAAUCAAGCAACAAUUUCUUAAUCCUUGGCCAUCAUGGGGAUCAAUACCUGAAAAAGAUAAGGACAUUUUCUGGCAAUGUUUCAAGAGGAGAGUUCAGUGGGCACCAGAGCAUGAAAUUGCCAUUAAGAGAAAUUUCAACAGCAGAGCUUCUCAUCGUCUAUCUAAGCUGUUUAGAGAUGCUAAAAUGGUGGGACCCUACAUAGGUGGAUCCAUUACCACUUACGAGCAUGCCCUUCGUAUGGCACGUGAGUUGAGAUGCCAUGUGUUUCUUGAUGAAGUCUUUCAGCAGACACAUAUCCAAAAGGGUACUGGCAAGUAUGUGGAUGAGAGGUCUAGGAAGACCAAUGAAAAAUUUCAGACUAGGCUUUCUCAAGUUAGAUCUGAGGUUUCCUCAUGUGUUGAUGGAACACCAAAGCAGUCCUCUGUUGAUCUUACACAGGAUGAGAAUAUCAGGACUACGUGUUGGAUUGAGACAGUAGGAGGGAAAAAGAAAGGAAGACUUUAUGGGGUUGGUCAACUUGUUUCAAAAUAUAUAGGUCCAAAUGAAAGCCUGAACCAACUACCAGUUUCUUCCUCUUCUAAUACUGAGGACCUCACUAAUAUUAGGCAACAACUUUCAUGCAGUCUAGAGGAAAAUAAGCAAUUGAGGUCUGAGUUUCGAUCCUUUCAAUCACUAGUCCUGCAAUAUCUCCCUCCUAAUGCUCAGGCUCGUCUUCAGCAGCCACAGCCACAGCCACAACAGCCAAACCCUACUCAACAAAACUCUGAAAUCCCUCCACCCCAUACUCAGCAACAAAAUAAUGAAGAGGACGAUAACCUAAAUGAAGAAUCUUCUCCUGAUUAUGAAGAUUAUUAG